AUGUCUGGCCUCAUGUCAGAUGUCUGUGCAAUAUGGGAACCAAGCACGAAGGAUCUGUGGAAAAGCAGCAUGCUAACUAGGCAGCUGCCUCUCGAAUCAGCUCUACCGAAUCAGUCACGAAUUUCGUCCAAGCAUCUUUAUGAAAUAGCAGAGAUAUUCACGCGCAAUAAUGCACACGGCAUCUUGGGUCUGCAUUUACUACAUCGCCAUUUCGAUAUACCUGUUGGCACUGUUCUGUUGGGCUCUACAUGGAGCAAACCGUAUUGCCGAUGGACAACAGCUACUGAAAUCGAAGGCACAGACUGGUCUGAGACUGGUGGAGCUGUUUUUAUACUCACAGCAGAAGGUUGGCACCCGUAUGAAUACCUGAGAAAGGACAAGCCCGACCUUUCCUGCGUGAAGCCUGGUUUUCUUCCUCAGAUCACUGAAUACCUCGUCUCCAACCAGCUGUCUCAGAUCCUUGGUCUCCAAAUUCUUGACCGCAGUCUUCGCACAGACCAGCAUCUAAUCGAGCUCUCUUUGCGCGAGAUGUCAGUGAUGUUUUUCGCCUCUGAUCUCAAGGGGUGUGUGCCAACGAGACAGACGGGCUGGAGGUUUGAGCUACACGAUGGGCAACCUCGCGUAUGCCAGUAUAACGAAUCCCAUGGUGCUCGACCAGAUGGCUCACAUGACAUUUACAAUCAAGGUCAGCUUGAUCUGCGAUAUGGGGACUUUGAAAUGCUCAGAUAUAGGCUCAUGCGUGAUGGUUUUUUGAAGAUCGAUUUUUGA